AUUGUGUGGUUAUGUGUGGCAAUGGCUGGACCAGGGAGCGGUACAGUGUGUAGGGCUCCCUGGGCUGGACCUGUCCAUGCGCUGCGGGAUGAUGGACAACCCUGCAUGGCCUUUUAUUUAUUUUGUCCUUGAUGAAGUGUCCGUGCAUACUUCAGUCUUCACAAUCACAUUACCAUGCUCACCGUCCAUCGAUCAUCACUGCUAUGCACUGUGCCUGACUUGCGACGCACUUGACUUCAGGCUGUUCAGCGGAUCAGGACGACUGUGCAUUUUUACCCUGCCCACGACUCCGCGAGCUUGGGUCGAAGCCGAGCGGGGCGAAGGGGUCACUCGGUGCACCGUCGCUGCGUUCAUUGUUGUGUGGCUUCCACCGGUUUUUGAACUCAGCGACGAACAGGCGAUCCACCCUCCCAUGCCAACGGCUGCGAUGAUCAACACGUCCAGGAGCUCCAGCAUGCAAGGAGCUGAUACCUGUACCUGGUAUACCAUGGAUGGUAGUCACUAAGACGGUAGUACUUGUGACUCGUAACAAGUCAUGUUGUCGACUUUGCACCUAGCCUCCUUCCUACUGCCUGGUGCCAGGUCUUGGAAAGGACUCUAACGUCAAGUCAAGAUGUAGUUUCCAGGUCUGACAUGUCCUUUUCAUACUCAUACUAGCUGCAUAAUAAGCAUAUGCAGCGGUUCUGCUGCAGAUUUUGUCAAAAAACAGUUCCUCCGAUUUGGCUUCCAGUUCCAAGCCCCGAGUGUGCACCAGCAGCUACAGGUGGAAACUGACUUCCCCGUUCCCCGUACCGGGCAGAUCGCUCGUGUCCCUCUGCACCCUGCACUGGUGCUUGGUGCAACGCUACUCGCUAGCGCAUCAGUGUCUGUCUUUUUGCCAGUUUUGGUCUUGGGUACUCACGCGGUCCAUUCGUACCUAGAAAAUGGCUCAGUGCGUACAUCAUUCUACUUUCGAAAGUGGCACGGGAUCGGAAUAUGCUUCUGAGGAAGGCAGUGGUGAUUUCUCAGCCGGACAGCAAGAGCUUGAAGCUGAGGCAGAUCGCCAGCUGAUUCACCAACAGCAUUUGUUGAUACGCCGCUUGACGGACGAAAACAGACUGCUGAGGCAAGCUGAUCAGGAGAACGAGGACGAGAGCUGUGAUUUGCGCUUGAGAUUAGCAUCUGCCGAAAAACGUGUGGUGAAUUUUGAAAGCCUCCGCCGACUCCGCAUAUCAAUGGAGGAAGAGAAUGACACGCUGCGUGCAUCUCUUGCACAGGAGAAAGGCCGCAGCAUAACUUUAGAAACCCGUGUAUCCAGUUUGGAGCAGGAGAAAACUGGGUUGUUGGCUAAAUUGGGAGCAGCUGAAGAUGAGGAGCAUACUUUGAGAAAAAAACUGGAAUGCCUGCAGGAUGAUUACAACUCAGCUCUUCAAUUAUUUGGAGGUAGUGGUAGUGACGAUGCAUCUCUAGCUGGUAUACAUGAGCAGCUUGCCCAGUCGGCAGACAGGACUCAAGCCCUGGAGCAGCGUCUUGGUGAUCUGAUGAACACUUGCAAUGAUUUGCGUACUGAGAAGGGACAUUUGGAGGCUCAGCUUGGUGACCUACAGACACAGCAGCGUGGCCGAACACCCGACACCUUUGAGAGCAUUGUACGGGUGCAGGUCGGUGCAUCCGAACAGGUCGGAGUGCCAGUGAAUCAAAGCACACCGCUGAGGGAGCAUGGUGACCUGCGACGCGAGCUGCUUCAGACAUUGGGCGGCAAUAAGUCGCCGUUGCUUGGUGUUGAUGGUUGCAAAACACCAGCAUCCGGAAACCAGGCCGUCGACUGUGUGUCCCCAACACCUAGUGAUGGAUCCAUAUUUGACUUCAAAACAACAUCCAGUGCCAGUGAGCUAUUGGACGUUGUAGCAGCAUUCCGUGACCACUUUGAUGAGAAGAAAACGUUGGCUCUGCAGCAAGUAGCAGAUCUGAGCCAUUCAUUUUCAGUGGACGUGGAUGAUACUGCUAGUCGACACGCAAAGCCUCUCAAUGGUGACAUGAUGGUAACGUUUGAAGACAAGCUUCGCAAGCUCGUUGCAUCGCGCAACCAAACCGCCAAGAAGGCACUGGCUGCGCGCCAGCAGUUGAAGGCAGCUCGGGCUGAUCUGACGGUCGCGCUGGAGCAACGGGAGCAGGCGGAAAAGCUGGCCAAGGAGGUCUCGGCCGAGUGCGAAUCACUGCGCCAGCGGCUACUGAAUACCGAGGCAGAGCGUGCCAAAAUGGUUGGUGAACUGCACCUUAAACAUAACCUAGGCAAUGGAAACAAACUUGGGAAAUCCAGACGAGGGAUGCGCUUGGCCUCGUCACCUAGCAUCACCGAUUCGUCCAAUGAGAGUCUGAGUGCGUCCCCUUGUCAUGCACAGCCAGUGUCUCCAGCAUUGAGAACCUCGCCAUCGACAGAGUCGCCUAUAAAGUCAACGCGGAGGAGGUUGCGGACGUGGAGUCGUGGUGAUUCGGCGGAUAUGUCGCCAUCAGUUGACGAGGAAUUCACUGACUCUAGUAAACUCUGCACCCCGCCUAUGCCAGCCAAGACAAGUUGCUUUCAGUCGACGGUCCGCUUCCUGCUGUAUUCAGUCGCGGUGUUCGUGUUACUACUGGUCCUGGUCGUCUUUGUCUGUCCUGUGUUAUCUGGCAGCCAGGGCGAGUGCUGUGCCUGCCCAUCACCAUGGGUGAGGAGUAUGUUUGGUGACCUCAUCGUUGCCAGCCCCGUGCAGCCAUCACCACACUAGUAGAGUCAAGCCGGGUUGUUGAGUGUGCCUUCUUCUUCUUGUUCUCGUUCUCCUCCUUCUACUUGGCAACGGAGUAUGUGAUUUGCUCUCAAGUGCUUUCAUGAGAUUGUUGAGAUACCCGGCUAGAACAUAUUGCCCAAACUAAUAUAGCGUACAUGAGUUGAUGCAACAUGUGCGCUGUGUGAGAUUUAUUGACACAUUUCCGGUGAAUCGAUUAUAAAAGUUAGAAGUUCAUCUAAAAUUAGCGUCUAUCCGUCGCGUAUCCCCAGCGCUGCUGUGCAGUUGCUACCCUUGUGGCUGGAUAUAGUUCAUGUGAGUAACGAAUUUGUCAAGGCCUCUAGCUCUUCUAUUGUUAUUGCCAUGGUUUUGGCACUCUGAUGGAAACUCCGUGUAAAUCUUGCCAUGAUCUCUCAUUGGUUGUUCACUCACGGAGCACAAACAUGUACUUGUAUGCUUCAUUGCCACCAUUGCUAUGUGCUGGAUCACGCCUUAUCUGUGCUGUGCUGCUGCUACCUGCAACGGGUGUUGUGAACAUCAAUCAUCCUAUGUCUCUUGAUGACCCGUAGCAUGCACUGCCAAGCCAUAGUGUCUGCUGAUGUUUUGAUGUCAUCACAACUUACUUGUUGAAGCUCGGCUCGUCUUCUUUUCGAAUACGAGCACAUGUA